AUGGGCUGCGCGGAGCGUCACUUCCCGGCGGCGGGAGGCGAGCGGCGGGUGUCUGGGGCGGUGGGCGGCCCGCGGGGGCGGGGCGGCCGGAGGAGGCGUUGGCAGCGGGCUGGGACCCACGCGGCGCCGCGGCCCACCUGGCCUGCAGCGCUCCCACCCCCGGCAGCGGCGGCACGAUGCCCUUUGACUUCAGGAGGUGUGAGUGAAAUCAGGACAUCACCUGCUGCCGGAAGCUUCAUGGACCACCCCAUGGACCACUUUCUGGGUCCCCCUAGCACCUUCAGCAAGCCUUAUGAAGGAACACCAUUGUUUGACAUCUACAGGAAGGUGCCCAAGGACCUUACGCAGCCAACAUACACCGGGGCCAUUAUCUCUAUCUGCUGCUGCCUCUUCAUCCUCUUCCUCUUCCUCUCGGAGCUCACCGGAUUCAUAACGACAGAAGUCGUGAAUGAGCUCUAUGUCGAUGACCCGGACAAGGACAGCGGGGGCAAAAUUGACGUCAGCCUGAACAUCAGUUUACCCAAUUUGCACUGCGAAUUGGUUGGACUUGACAUACAGGAUGAGAUGGGCAGGCAUGAGGUGGGGCACAUUGACAACUCGAUGAAGAUCCCACUGAACAACGGGGCCGGCUGCCGCUUUGAGGGGCAGUUCAGCAUCAACAAGGUCCCAGGCAACUUCCACGUGUCUACACACAGUGCCACAGCCCAGCCACAGAACCCGGACAUGACCCAUGUCAUCCACAAGCUCUCCUUUGGGGACACACUGCAGGUCCAGAAUGUCCAUGGAGCUUUCAACGCUCUCGGGGGAGCAGACAGACUCACCUCCAACCCUCUCGCCUCCCACGACUACAUCUUGAAGAUCGUGCCCACGGUUUACGAGGACAAGAGCGGCAAGCAACGGUACUCUUACCAGUACACCGUGGCCAACAAGGAGUACGUAGCCUACAGCCACACAGGCCGCAUCAUUCCCGCCAUCUGGUUCCGCUAUGACCUUAGCCCCAUCACGGUCAAAUACACAGAGAGACGGCAACCUCUGUACAGGUUCAUCACCACGAUCUGUGCCAUUAUCGGUGGGACCUUCACUGUUGCCGGCAUUCUGGACUCCUGUAUCUUCACAGCCUCGGAGGCCUGGAAGAAGAUCCAGCUGGGCAAAAUGCAUUGA